UUGCUAUCUUUCAAAAUAUUGUCAAUUCACAAGUUUAUUUACAGUGAGUUUUUUUAAUGUACAAUUGGAAAUUUUUUAUUACUUUUUAUGUUUUUUUCAGAAAAAAAUACGAUGGUCAAUAUCCAACGGGUACAUAUUUCUGGUCUCGUCUUCCGGCUACCCAAUAUUUCCAAUUCUAUCUUUUGGAAUGUUACGAAUCCCGAUGAAGUUCUUUAUUAUGGCGCCAAACCGAAUUUGAUCGAUAUCGGACCAUAUACCUACGCGUGAGUUUUUCUCUUUUGAUUUUGUUAACUAUAUGAACAUAGAAAACCACGAAUUUAUGAUGAUAAGAAUGCUUCAAUUAGUUUUUGAUAAUGAAAUUUAUGGUUUUUAGUCUGUGAAUUUUACGACCCAAAAAAUUGCUUGCAAAAUAGAGAAAAUUAAUGAUUACAUAAAGAUCACAAUCAAAAAACCUUUGAGAGAAAUGGAGAAGGAGAAAUUUUCAUGCCGACAAAGAUUUCAGAUUUUGCUGAAAGUCUUUUAAAAUUUUUCGAAAAUGAGGCCAAAAUUCUCAAGAUUCCAAAAAAAAUGUUUCAUUGAAAAUUGAAUUCAGGAUAUUCUUUGACCUUAAAUUUCUGGAAAAAAUUCUGGUAGAUCAAAUAUAUUUCUGAAUCUCUCACUUUUGCGUUCAAUCUCACCCGAAACUGUGAGGUUUCGAAAAAAAUCGUGAAAAUUUUGAAUUAUCAACACCUUUUACUUUUUUUUUCUUCGCAAAAAACUUUAAUUCCACACUCACUAAUCAAAAAUUGCUGCCUAUCAGAGAAAAUUCCAAAAAAGUUCAAAAGGCUUAUAUUUUUUUUAGAGAAACGGAAUUCAAAGAUUUCGUCGAGUUCCGGAAUAAUGAUAAGGAAAUAUUUUAUCAAAAUAAUAAGACAUGGGUAAGUUUUUUUUUAAAGUUUGCAAAAAAGUUUCAAAAAAAGUUUCAGAUUUUUGACAAGUCAAGAUCUUGUGAAGAUUGUAAUUUCGAUGAUGUUUUCAUUAUGGCAAAUCCAUCAUAUAUGACAACAGUUUUCAUGCAAAUACAGAAUCCUAGCCCAGCUAUAGUUACACUUGGCAUGAAUUUCUUGACCCUUCUUCUAGGAGAGCAACCACUUCGAACAGUUUCAGGAUCUGGAACAUUAUUUGUUGGAUACUCUGAUCCUCUUGUUGAUCUUGUUAACAGUCAAUUCACAAAAAUUGUAAUGAAUAUUUUGGGAAACCCGAUUGCUCUUCCAGAUAUUGUUGAUGGCGGGUUUUUCCCACAUUAUAAUCACACUUGUGAUGGUAAUUAUACAAUUAAAACUGGAAAAGAUAACACAGAUAAGUGAGUGUUGAACAUGAAAAUGAUAGGAAAAAACAUUGAUUAUGAUUUUUUUAGCACUGCCUUGAUUCAAACAUGGGAUGGAAUAACACAUUUAUCAUGGUGGAAUAGUGAAUCAACUCGAGAUAUUAGAAAUAGUGGAGAUGGAUCCUUCCAAAAACCAGGCUUGAAAAAAACUGACAAACUCAAACAAUUCCAGUCAUUUGUAUGCAGAACUUAUGAUUUGGCCUAUGAAGAACAAGGUGAUACGAUUUCCGGAAUUCCGACGCUCACUUUUAUAAUUCCUGAUGACACCUAUGAUUCUAUCAAGAAUCCUGGUUAUCGAUAUGAAAAUUUUGAGCAAGUUGUGAGUUUUUUUAGAAAUGUUUUUUGAAAAUUUUAUAAUCAUGUUUUUUUCUUCUAGAAUUAUUUCCCUACCUGGCCAUGCGGUGCAAACCACACCAAACAACCAAACGGAAACUGCGCUCUUGUGGACUGCAGUCAAUUCGACAACUUUUGCAGUAAUUGUUGUGAUGGUGCACACGUUAACAACACUUAUGUUCUCCCACCUGGUGUCAUUCCUCAAAGAUGUCUCCCUGGGCAAAAUAAAUUGGUACCAUUUGGUGCUAUUCUAUCCGCUCCACAUUUUUAUGGCUCACCAGAUGAUGUUACAAAUUCAUUGAUUGGUUUGAAGCCAGAUGCUGAGAAGCAUGCUCCAGGUCGAUUUUAUAUAAAUCCAACAACUGGAAGUACUGUGGGUGGACAAUUUAGAAUGCAAUUAACUGUUCCGAUUUUUAAUUCACCUUCUUGGAUGUGAGUUUUUCUCUUGUUUUUCAUUCAAUCUGAAUUUCAAUUUUCAAAAUUUCAGAUUGAUGAGUAACUCUCCAAACGCAUUCAUCCCUGAAUUUUGGCUGGAACUUAAAGUUGAAACAAGAGAUUAUGCAUUAGAUUACAUUCGAUUCAAUGUUGUAACAGUUCCAAAUAUUAUAAUGGGAGUUGGAAUUGGAUUAACUGCAAUUUCAGUAAUUGCUGCACUUAUUUGGAUAUUUUUCUAUUGUCGGAGAAAGCGAUCAGUGACUCCAAUUAUAACAACAAAAAGGAAAAUAAAUGAGAAAGAAAUUGCAUGGAUAGCUGAAUAG